UUCUGGUCGACGAACGCGGGGAUUCGAUGUCUGCGGGGAUCGGUAUCCGUCUCGCUAUAACUGUGCAUGGCAUCCAUCCUCCCUCGCCUUCCCCCGGGUCCUGGUCUCUCUCGCCCCUCCUCUCGUUGAUGACGGACCCAAGCUAAGCCCGUGAGUUGGAGCUUGCGCCUCCUGCCCGCCGCCGCCGAGUGAUCACGGUCAUGGUCUGACGCGAUGGCUUCCUCCGACUCUGACCGUGACGCCGCCGACAACGCCGGCACCCUCCCGCGCCGGUCGCUGCUCAUCCUCAUCUGGACCUGCUGCUCGGCCGCCUUCCUUCUCGUCGCCGUCCGCACUAUUAUCCGUCUCCGCUCGCCCUCGGGCAGCCGGACGCCACCCGCCGACGACUGCUUCAUCUUCUUCGCCCUCGCCUCCCUGAUCACCCUCUGCGUUCUCGAGACUGUCCAGCUGCCCAGCCUGUACUACAUAACCGGCAUCCUCUCGGGCGCUGUGCCGCUAACCUCGGCCGAGACCAUCAUCGCCGAGACCGAGAAUUACCUGCGCUUCCAGUUCCCCAUUGUCAUCCUCUUCUGGACUGUGCUUUGGUCAGUCAAGGCCUCUUUCCUGGCCCUGUACUUUCGCCUGUUCCGCGACCUCAAGUGGUACCGCCGCGUCUGGUUCGUGCUCGCCGUCUUCACCUUUCUCGUCUACGGCGGCUGCAUUGUCACGCUCUCGCUGUCGUGCGGGCCCGACGUCCGUAACUUCUUCCGCUUCGCCCAGUGCGCCGGGCCCCAGCACGUGUGGUCGAGCAACUUUAGUGUAUACUUCAGCACCGCCAGCGAUGUCGUGACGGAUCUCUGCAUCAUGGCCAUGCCGCUGCGUCUCAUCUACAAUAUCAAGGUGUCGUUCAAGCAAAAGGCCGGCCUCGUGUGCGUCUUCAGCCUCGGCUUCGUCAUGAUUGUUUUCUCCAUCAUCCGCGCCAACCAGAGCCUGGCCCAGCAGGGCUUCGUCAACCUGACGCUGCUGAUGGUUUGGUCCACGCUCGCGGCGUCGAUAUCCGUCUUCGUCGGUACGCUGCCCGCUCUCAAGGUGCUCAUCACCACCAACGCGCGCUCGUCCGCCAACCGGUCCGGCCACGCGGGGGGAUCGUCCGCGGCCACAACCCGGAUCACCAGCGCCACCAUGCAAAAGAACUCGACCUUGGGCACGCCCACGAAUAGCGUCGCCUUGGGUUCCCUACGCAGGGACAGCCACAACCUAAAGGCGGCCAACAUGUCAAACUCGGAGGCGAGCGAAUCCCAGGAGGAGAUCCUCGUGCAGCGCGACGUGACUGUCUCGUACAGCCAAGCGCCGCGUCCGUCUCCGACUAGGUACCAUCAGAGAUUCAACAACGAUCGGUAGCCGUACGAGGUCCCGGUGUACAUUUUGGAUGACGCCACUGGGUGGCUUUAGAUACCAAUUAAUGUCUGCGGAUAGGGCCGUGGAAUCGGCGGUUUACUAUUG